GUUGUUCCUGAGGUGGGAGGCGGCACCCGUGGCUGAGAAGGAGGCCUGAGAGCGACAUGUCCCCGGCGACUGAAGCAGAGCGGCCCGUGGCGCUGUUUUUCUGAGCCCUGGGCGGCCUGGCGGCCGACUGAGGACGAGGGUCGGCGGAGGCUGCCCCCGCUGUGGUGGCCGCCAUGCUGGAGGCCCGGGCGGUUGAGGGAGCCGGCGUGGCGCUCCUGCAACUGCUAUUGCUGCUGCUGCUGCCGCCGGCGCUCCGGGGGCCGGGGCUCGGCGUGGUCUGCUCGGCGGGGGCCGGGCUGCCCGAGAGCGUCAUUUGGGCCGUCAACGCGGGCGGCGAGGCGCAUGUGGACGUGCACGGGAUCCACUUCCGCAAGGACCCUUUGGAAGGUCGGGUGGGCAGAGCCUCCGACUAUGGUAUGAAACUGCCAAUCCUGCGUUCCAACCCCGAGGACCAGAUCCUGUAUCAAACAGAGCGGUACAAUGAGGAGACUUUUGGCUACGAAGUGCCCAUCAAGGAGGAGGGGGACUACGUGCUGGUGUUGAAAUUUGCUGAGGUCUACUUUGCACAGUCCCAGCAGAAGGUAUUUGAUGUGCGACUGAAUGGCCAUGUCGUGGUGAAGGACUUGGACAUCUUUGAUCGUGUUGGGCACAGCACAGCUCAUGAUGAAAUCAUCCCUAUGAGCAUCAGAAAGGGAAAGCUGAGUGUCCAAGGGGAGGUGUCCACCUUCACAGGGAAACUCUACAUCGAGUUUGUAAAGGGGUACUAUGACAAUCCCAAAGUUUGUGCACUCUACAUCAUGGCUGGGACAGUGGAUGAUGUACCAAAGCUGCAGCCUCAUCCAGGACUGGAGAAGAAAGAAGAGGAAGAAGAAGAAGAAGAAUACGAUGAAGGGUCUAAUCUCAAAAGACAGACCAAUAAGAAUCGGGUGCAGUCAGGCCCCCGCACGCCCAACCCCUAUGCCUCGGACAACAGCAGCCUCAUGUUUCCCAUCCUGGUGGCCUUUGGAGUCUUCAUUCCAACCCUCUUCUGCCUCUGCCGGUUGUGAGAACAAAUACCAUCCUGAACAGGGUGAAGGGGUGUGGGAAAGAAACCGAACAUGUUGGUUUUGGUUUCUGUAUUUUUCACAGUGAUUAACAGACAAACAAACAAACAAAACCACACACAAAAAUUAAAGGAGAAAAAAAGAGGCAGAGUGGGUAGAGAGCAGCCCUUAUCCACCACUGGUCCCAGCCCUGCUUCAGUCCUCGUGCUCUCUUUGUGGCUGGCCCCAGCCGUCUCUUUCCUCUCCAGGGUACUUAAGGUGAAGCAGAUCCUCCAUGUUCAAGGAGCCCCAUCUGCACACCUAGCGGAAAGGACUCUGAACCCAGAGCAGACGUGGUUCCUUUUUUUAGGUUAGAAAUUAACAGCAGGGAAAUGUCAUCUUAUUACCUGAGAAGACCAGCGCUGGGAGUUGGGUAUGUUCUGAAGUUAUGUCCAGAUAAGUUUUCAGAUGUCCUGGGAUUGAAAGUGUGUGUGCUUUGUGUAUGUGUGAAGGUGUAUAAUUUGUAUGAUAAAGACGAAAACAGAAGGGGGAUUAAAAAAGAAAAGAAAAGAAAA